UUUUGCAGUGAGAUUAAAUUCAAUACAACAGAGAAAAGUUGGUGAACAUGUUUUAUAUUUCGAGUAUCCAAAACCCAUAAGCAAACAAAUUUCCAUAAGUUUUUAAAUAGAAUAGUAGCAAUUAUCCGCAGCUUCGCAUGCAAUUUUCAAGGGCAUAGUCUUCUUAGUUAAAGCAAGCAUUCAUGAUGUAAUAUGAUGACGCUCUAUGAUUUUUGCAAACAGAAUAAGGUACAUAUCUAAUGACUAUAAUUCAGUCUGUUUAAGAGACUAUAAAGUUAAUAUAAUGUUUAUUGGUUAUAAUUUCAGGACUUGCACAUGUAAGAUCAUGCAUUGCUAGUUUGAAUAAAUGACAAUUCGGAUCCGACUGUUGGGUUUUCUGGCCUGAUGUCCCGAUCAAGAAAAUAUAUACAUAUAAAUAAAUAUAUAUAUAUAUAUAUACAUACAUACAUAUAAAGGUCUUGGAAAACUACUUUGGUCAAAAACUGUCAACUUUCGGCUGUUAACAUUCACUUUCAGGCUCAGGUAUUUUCAGUGACAUAAUUGAGUCGGCCUUGUUACCCCCAAGAUGAAGAAAAUAUAUUCAAACUGACGCCUACUUUGGUCAAAGAGCAUCACUUCCAGCCCUAGUGAUCUAUUUCCUGUAUCUCCAGUACCAUAAGUUGAGUUUGCCUCAACAAAUUGUAUUUGUACAUACAUAUGCAGUUCUAAGAAACCUACUUCAGCAAAAAAAGAUUGGUUUUAUAAUGGUCUUAACAUCUGCUAUCCAAAAGGCCGGGUACAUACCGAAAGCAACCGGUGAUAGCAACGCAAUGUCAACGCAACGGCAACUUGAGUUCCCAAUGAAUGACACACGCAGUUUAAUGGGACUGUGUAUACCAAAGUGACUGUGACGUGACGGUGAUUCAACGGUCACCUGACUGAGCAACGCAGGCAACUCAAGUCACGACAUGCUGUAAACUCGAGUCGCCAGUUGCGCAGUUGCUCUUGUGGAGUGCAGACCGUACUUAACUAUGGCUGCUGAACAACAAGAAAAUAUUAAAUUUGCACAGUUUAUUGAACAGUUUGUUUGUUUGUAUGACCAUAACAACAAAUCAUACAGUAACAGAGUGGUGACAGACAAAGCUUGGCAAGCUGUGGCAGAUGAGUUUAAACUCACAGUGAAGCAAUGCAAGGAAAAAUGGAAAAAUAUAAGGACUGUAUUUAGAAGACAUAUUUUCACAAAACCAGUGUCGGGAGCCGGAGGUUCUUCAAAAAAGGAAUACUACUUGGCUGAUGUGCUGCAAUAUCUUGUGCCUAUUUUAAAAGGUAACCCUAAAAACAUUGGAAGCAACCUACCACCACCUCCUGAAACUGAUGACCAUCAACAACAAACUCUUCAAGAAGAAGAACCAGCUGAUUAUAGCAUUAACGAAAUUGCUGAUGAUGUGGAUGAUGACGCGACUGAAUUACCCCAAGAAGCAGUGCCGAACGUACCUGAACCCGCUAAUAACAGCAUAUCACAGUUCCGGAAGAAACAGUUGGGCAAAAGGAAGCCGACUACAUCAUCGUUGGAUGAAGCUAUGACCAAUUAUUUUAAAGCAAAAUCAAUGAAGCCUGCUGAAGAUAAAUUGGUUCCAGUUGCUGACAAUGAAGAUAAGUCAGACGAACUUUUUCUGUUGAGUCUUAAAAAAGAUAUGAAGGAAAUGAAUUCACGGCAGAAGCGAACUUUUAAAAGAAGAAUUUUUAGUUUGAUCGAUGAAGUUCUAGAUGAUAGUCCUGGUAAGCAAACGCACGAUAUGUAUUCAAGCUCAUCACUACAGUCCUCACGAUCACCCAGUGUGCUGACUAAUAUCAUUUCUCCGGGAAAUCCUGGCCAGGAGAACGAAGAGUACGUUUUCAACACCUUGACCAAUGCAUUCGGCAUACAUUAAGUGACAUCAUAGUCUUUUAGUGAAAUAUUUUAUAACUUUCAAAUAACAAUAAAUAAAUUCAUUUAAUCAAACUUA